GGCUUUGUUUAACAAAAAAAUCUCAAUAAUGGAAGGAAAGGCUAACAAUCUUUCUUCUCUUUUUAUUUCUCCAGCGCAGCAAGGUGUAGAGACUAAAAAAGAAAUUAGGGCUUGGUGUGAUGGAUGUUAUGAUAUGGUCCAUUUUGGACAUGCUAAUCAAUUAAGACAGGCAAAGCAGAUGGCUACUUGUUUGGUUGUUGGGGUCCACACAGAUGAAGAAAUUUCGUUACACAAAGGCCCUCCUGUUUUUACAGAACAAGAACGUUAUAAAAUGGUGAAAGGCAUUAAAUGGGUUGAUGAGGUUGUGGAAGGCGCUCCUUAUGUCACAACAGUCGCUACUUUGGACCGCUACAAUUGUGAUUUUUGUGUUCAUGGAGAUGAUAUAACGCUUACUGCGGAUGGGAAAGAUACUUAUGCUGAGGUUAAGGCUGCUGGGAGAUAUAAGGAAUGUUCUAGGACCGCUGGGAUUUCGACAACAGACCUUGUCGGUCGUAUGCUUCUUUUGACAAAGACCCACCAUAUAAACCACGAAAAUGACCUAGAUGAAGCAGAACGCGAUCACGCUAGAAAACUCAGCACAGAUCAAGAAGCUCGGUCUCCAUGGACAUGUAUUUCCCGUUUUCUUCCUUCUACUCAAACAAUUAUGCAGUUUGCGGAGGGUCAUCAACCGGCACCCGGAGAUAAAAUUGUUUACGUCUGUGGAUCUUUCGAUCUCUUCCAUAUUGGCCAUUUAUGUUUUUUGGAACAAGCCAGACUUCACGGAGAUUAUCUUAUUGUUGGUCUAUAUACGGAUCAAGAUGUGAAUGUUUACAAGGGAAGGAAUUAUCCAAUAAUGACUUUACAUGAAAGGGUUUUGAGUGUUUUGGCUUACAAGCCAGUUUCUGAAGUUAUUAUUGGCGCUCCUUUGUGUGUGAAUGAGGAGCUAAUAAAACGUUUCAAAAUCGAUUUGGUCAUUCGUGGGAAAAUAAAAUCUUCUCAUGCCAAUAUUGAUGGAAUUGAUCGAUAUGAUUUUCCAAAACGUAUGGGAAUAUUUAUGGAAGUAGAUUCUGGUAAUGAAAUGACUACAAAUUUAAUUAUUGAAAGAAUUAUUAAAAACAGUUUGGAAUUUGAACAGCGAAACAAGAAAAAAGAAAAGAAGGAAAUCUCUGCAUUUAAAGCUUGGGAGAAAAUGAAGAAUGAAGAAAAAAAUAAAAUUAAUGGAGUCGGACAUGAACAUAAUGGAGGAGGAGGAAUUAAUGGAAGUGAUGGAAAUAAGGCCCCUCUCUACCAUAUUGUUUGCUUGGAUAAUGAUAAUUGUAAUAAUAAGACUACCUCUUCUAAAUAA